AUGUCUUCAACCAGCUACACGAUCCCAUCAGUCUCAGAUAUCACGAAGUUAUAUAUCAACGGCGAAUACGUCGAACCCAAGGCAGGAAAAACAUAUACUCUCUACAACCCAACCGACGACUCAGUUCUUUCCGACAGGAUUCCCAUCGCCGACGAGGCCGAUGUCGAUGCUGCCGUCGAUGCCGCCGAAAAUGCGUUCAAUGGACCCUGGGGCCAAUUCACCGGUGCUCAGCGAUCGGCGUGUUUGCGAAAACUAGCGGAUCUUCUUGAAGAAGAUGAUCGAUUGAUCAAGUUACUGACCCUUGAUGCGCAAAGCACCGGAAAUCCCGUCUCGAUUAUCCCGACGCGAGAAAAGACUUAUAUUUUGGGACAUCUGUUAUACUAUGCUGGAUGGACUGAUAAGUUGCGCGGCGACUAUUACCCGGCUGAUGAUGGUUUCGUCAAACUUGUUCGCCAGGAACCUUUGGGUCCCCUUGGAUCACUGGCCAUUGCACCCCUUUUUGAAGCCGCGGGUAUUCCGAAGGGCGUGUUCCAGGUUCUUACUGGGGCCGGUGACACGGGCGCAUUGCUAGCCAAGCAUAUGAGAGUUCGCAAGAUAAGCUUCACUGGAAGUAUACCCACCGGAAAAAAGAUCCAAAUUGCAGCCGCGCAGAGUAACCUCAAACGCGUCACUCUGGAGCUGGGUGGUAAAAGUCCAGCAUUGGUAUUUGAGGAUGCAGAUCUCGAAAAUGCGCUUACAUGGACCGUAAAUGCUAUCCUCGCACGGUCCGGACAGGUUUGCGUUGCAGCAUCCCGAGUCUACGUCCAACGAUCCAUCGCGAAUGAAUUUAUCGAAAAAUACACGGAGCGCAUGCGAACAGCUGUUGAAAAAAUCGGCGAUCCCCUAGACAAAGCAACCAUGAUGGGACCACUGGUAAACAAGACCGCACUCGAGAGGGUGAGCAAGAUGAUCGAGAGGGGAAAGAAUGAAGCAGAGCUUGUUGUUGGUGGUCUGCGCCAUGGAGAACAAGGCUGCUUUGUCGAGCCGACUGUAUUUCUGAACCCACAGAAGGGAGCCCAGAUAUACAGCGAUGAGAUAUUCGGCCCGGUUGCUGUUGUUAAGACGUUUGACACGGAAGAAGAAGUUUUGAAGAUGGCGAAUGAUACCGAGUACGGAUUGAUGUCGGGAGUUUUUACGAAGGAUAUUAAUCGUGCCAUGAGGGUUUCUGCUAAGCUGGAAUCUGGCGUUGUAGGAGUCAAUUGUGUUAGCUAUAUGAAUGUUCAGGUUCCAUUCGGUGGAAAGAAGCAAUCUGGCCUCGGAAGGGAAUAUGGGGAAUAUGCCUUGCGAGCAUUUACAGAACCGAAGACAGUACUUAUCAAUAUGAAUUAA